CGACUCGGUUUCCUUCUGGAUUUAUAAGUUAUAACUGACCUUUACUUGGCUCAUUCUUCUGAAUUUGUCUUCUCUCUCUCUCCGCUUGUUGGAGGACAAAGUUUGUGAUGGACGCUGGAGCGCACUACAACCCUCGUACCGUCGAAGAGGUUUUCAGGGACUUCAAGGGCCGUAGAGCCGGCAUGAUCAAGGCUCUCACCACCGAUAUUGAAGAGUUUUUCCGACAGUGCGAUCCUGAAAAGGAUAAUCUUUGUCUGUACGGGUUUCCCAAUGAGCAAUGGGAAGUUAAUUUGCCAGCAGAAGAAGUUCCUCCGGAACUUCCUGAACCUGCGCUGGGCAUUAACUUUGCUAGGGAUGGGAUGCAAGACAAGGACUGGCUGUCUUUGGUUGCUGUUCACAGUGAUGCAUGGUUACUUGCUGUGGCUUUCUACUUUGGGGCACGAUUUGGUUUUGAUAGUGCUGACAGGAAACGUCUGUUCACUAUGAUUAAUGAUUUACCCACAAUAUUUGAGGUUUUGACUGGAAGUGCAAAGAAACAGACGAAGGAAAAGUCAUCCAUUUCAAACCACACCAACAACAAAUCAAAAUCCACUUCAAAAGGGCGAGGAUCUGAAUCAGGGAAGUAUUCAAAGCAAAUAAAGGAUGAGGAAGAUGAGGUACUGGAUGAAGAAGAUGAUGAGGAGCAUGGGGAGACAUUGUGUGGUGCAUGCGGGGAGAACUAUGCAUCUGAUGAGUUCUGGAUUUGUUGUGACAUAUGUGAGAAGUGGUUCCAUGGUAAGUGUGUGAAGAUCACUCCUGCAAGGGCCGAGCAUAUCAAGCAGUAUAAGUGCCCCUCGUGCAGCAACAAGAGAGUUCGACCUUGAUAUAGUUGGGAUGCGAGUCACUUCUCACCCCUUGUAACUAAAUCAUGUUGGACUUCUUUCUAACUUGUUAGUGACUUAGGCUUCGUUUGCCAUCCCAUGAUCGUGUGGCAUAUAUAUUCAGUUUCAGUACUUUGGGUCUAGUGAACUUUGUGGAUAUAAUUUUUAAUAUUGAUAGUUUUUAGCUUCUGGACAUGUCUCAA